AUCAUGUGGGAACACAUGCUUUUGCCAUCCCUAGCAUUUCUUUCGGCGCGUAUAUUUCAUUUACAUUUACAUUGCCUGUCGUUUUGUUGUUUCCCCUAUUUUAAGAAAAAGAACCGAAUAAAAAACUAAAAUGGACUUCGAUAACGCUAAGGAGAACAUCCAGCCUUUGGCCAGCGGUCGCAAUGUGAGCUUGCUGCAGGCGUCCCUCGCCCAGGACACCACACAUAGCCAGGAGCUGCUGGCGCAGCGCAAGAAAAUGGAACAGGAGGUGCAGACAUACAAUGGCAGUGAUCCGCUGGAGCCGUGGUAUACGUACAUCUGCUGGAUCGAGCAGAGCUAUCCGGCGGGCGGCAGCGGUUCUGGCCUGCAAACGGUCCUCUACCAAUGCCUGACCAAAUUCGAGCAGGACGAGCGCUACAGACAGGACAGGCGGCUCAUCAAGCUAUUCAUCAAAUUCAUGGAAAAGCAGGAGGAUCAAAUCGAGUGCUACCAGCAGCUCUACAAUAGCGGAAUCGGCACGAUGCUGGCCGACUUCUACAUUGCGUGGGCAUACAGCUACGACCUGAGCGGCAACAUGCGCAAGGCCGACGAGAUCUUUCGCUUGGGCCUCGAAUGCCGUGCCGCUCCGCUGGAGGAGCUGCAGGAGGCCCAUCAGCAUUUCGGCUACACGGUUGGUCAGCGCAUGCUCUACUCCGAUGGCGAUGAGGCCGAUGCCGUGACCCAAGAGUUGAAUGAGCGUCGUCUGGCGUUGCAGUCGCUGCAUGGACGCCGUGCGAGGAGCAGCAACACCGUCACAGUGGGCAGCGUGCGCACUGGUGCAGCGGUCAAGAGCCACUUGCCGGGCGUGGUGCAGAAUGAUGCUCCCAGCACAAGCCGCGUGCGCAAUGCCGGUCGCAAUGUGGAGGUGUUCAGCGAUGAGAACAACGAUAUCAAUAUCCCGCCGCCAGUUGUCGAGACGGAGGUGAAGUCCAGCCUGCGUUCGAUCAUCGACGCGGCACGUGGACAGGAGAAUCUCAAGGAGCCGGUGGCUUGGAACAAGGCCCACGCCAAGCCUCAUAAGCCCGGAAAGAUCUUUGGGCGCAAUGCCACCCCAGAGCUGGCCUUUGACAUACACAUGGAUGAACAGAAGCUGCCGCCCAUCACCAACUACGAGCGCAACAUGGACAAACCUUUCAAACUUCCGCCCAACUUUGUGGCGAAAAAUAGGCCGCAGGAGCCCUGGGUAACGCCCGUAACCAUUGAGGAUGAGCCCAACACAAACGGCCUGCCGUGCUACCACAAGAGCCUGCUGUACCCGCGCCCCAACCUGGAGUUCUCCCCAGAGGAGUACCGUGCCUAUUGCUUCCUGAAGCGCCGAGAUGCCCAGCACCAGUUCGUGCUGCGCAACGAUGAGUGGUGGGGCACGGGCCACGCCCUGAAGGGUAUUCGCCGCUAUCCGAACUUUGCCAGUGCCUCCAAGCCGCAGCCACGCGACGAGCUGGACCAGUACUGGAAGCCGGUCCCUGUGCCGGGUCUGCAGGUCGUGUUUGACAAGCUCUACAACGACGAGGAGCAGCAGGAGUACCAGGCAGAGGAGCUCCUGGCGGCCAAGUGGCUGGAAAAGCGGAAUGUUACUGUGCACGGCAGCUUUGACAUGGAGGAGACUGUAUGCCUGCCCGGCAAUAAGAUGCCGCGUCGCAAGAGCUUCUUCCCUCCGGCCCAACAGGGUUCGUCCAGGAAAUCCGUGAUGCCGCCCCGAGUGUCCAUGGUCAAAGAGGAGGAAGAUGUUGCCGUCACGCAGGACGAACCUUCACCUGUAGCGCCAGCGCCGCCACCGCAGCCGAAAAUGGAUCCGAAAAUUGAAAUCUUUGAAGAUUCUGAUCCCACUCCCGUACCACCCAAGCCAGAUGAAGAUAACUUUGCGAUGCCUGCCCCACCAGCGUCGGCUGCUCCCCCACCGCUGCGACAGAUCGAGAUAUACGAAGAUUCAGAGGAUCCGAUGCCGCCGUCGAGUUCCAAGCCCCCGCCGAGUGCCUUUUUCGAUGCGGACGAGACCUGCUCCACCCAAAUGUUCAACAUGUUCAUCAAGAACCAGGCGGUGAGCACGCCAAAGGGCACCCAAAAGCAGGCGCCGGCGCGCCAGUUUGGCACCGUCCUCAAGGAGCUGCCACCGGACCCUGAGCAAGCCAUUUCUCCCGCAGCUGCGUCCGUCGAGUCCCCAGUGGAGACCCGCUCGCCAAAUCUGCGCAAGCAGCUCUCAACGAUAUUGGAGACCUCGGAGCACGGCACUCACAGCUCGGCGGCGACGACAACCAAGUCGACGAUCACAUCCACAGCUAGCUCUCCGGGAUCUCACACCGCCCUGCCGCUGACCAGCAGCAGGAGCAGUGCGAGUGAGGAGUGCACUCCAGCAGCAGCGCGCCUGCAGCGUUUGGGUGCCUCUGAGCUGUCUACGGUCGGCGAGGAGCCGGAGCGACAGUCUGGUGGGAAUUUCUCGCGUCGCGAACUCUGGGAGCCGAAUGCCCCCAGCGUGCCGAUGAUGAAGUCCCUGCGCUUCCAGGAGGACAAGACCGAGACCAUACCGAGAACGCUUCCCCGCUUCCAGGAGGAUAAAACUGAGACUCUGCCCAGGCUUCCAACUGCGAUGGCGGAAGUUUCGCUCCAUCAGCGCUCGGUGGUUGGUGGCCCGAGCCAUGCGCCGCAAUUGCCCACGCUGGACGACGAGGACGACCUGUGUGGACUUUUUGGCAAAACGCCGCCAAAGUUGAAGGGUUUCGGCUCUCCGUUGCAGGGAAAUGCCAGCUCCAAGCGCAUCUGCGUUCAGACCACGCCAGAUUUCUUCGGCAAGUCCAUACGAGGGGAGCCAGAAGGCGCCAAGAGCUCCUUUGCGAUGGCCAGUGGCCGUUCGGCAGCCGCUCCCAGCAUCAGCAAGCUGGCAGACUCCUUUAUGACGGACCUCUCCUUUGUGGCAGAGACGCAGCCUGCUGCAGUGGAGUUAAUGUCCAUGCCGAAGCCAGCAAGCGCAGACGCAGCCGCGUCCAUGCAAAAAAAGUUCGAAAUUUUCCUGGAUGAGACCAUGCCAGAGGCAGCAGCUCCAUCCAGUGCUGCCCAACGCAGCAGCUUUACCUUGGACUGCACGCUACCCGAGACGCAGAUGCCAAUGCAGAAGGAUCCCGUUGACAAGCAGGAGACCUUUGGCCCUGCCCACUUGAUGGCCUCGUUUAUGAAGGAUUGCACAGAGCUGAGCAGCUGUGCGCCACCGCAGCCCGUGCCAGUUGCGGUCGCGGCCGCUGCUUCUACAAGCAAUAAACGCUCCUCUACCGCUCUGAAGUUCCUCAGUGAUUCCAUGUCCAAAUCGCUUGGGAAAUCCCCCAGGAAGAGCACAGCCAGAGGGGACAAGCAGUCUGGCGACUAUUUUGAGCUGAAUGCGGCCACAGAGAUGUUUGCCACCAACAUAAGCAUGAUCAAGAACUCGACGCUGUUGCCGCCACCUGUUCCGCCUGUUCCGGUUGUUCCGGCCAGGCUCGAACUGCCUGCGGAGGCACAUGCAGAUGCAGACAAAGAGGCGGAGAUGAGCAUCUACUAUAAAAAGACUCCAUUGACCCCAAAGCAGUCGAACCAUUCGUGGGCUCAGGCUGAUUUCGAGACGCCGCCAAACAAAGUAUUUGUCCAUCCCAAGGCGAACGUGGAUCAGUCGGUGUUGAAUGGCACGCUGGCCGACAGCAAUUUGAAUCCGUUCAAUGUGGAUCUGAUCAACUCGCUGCUGGACUCCAUCGACUUUUCGAUGUACAUUGAGAAGCUGCCCCAUUGCCAGCUGGUGGGCAAUGUCAAGCGACUGCAGUCGGGCACGCAGUUGGAGCUGCAUGGCGAGAAAUUCGAUGUGGGAAAAAUCAUUGGCAAGGGAGCCUACGGCUCGGUCUUUGCCGGACGACACGGCAAGUCGGGUAAAAAGAUGGCCCUGAAGCAGGAGCGACCCACAAACUACUGGGAGUUCUAUAUAUGUCUGGAGGUGCACAGUCGCCUCACCAGCGACCUAAUGAUCCCAGCCUUCAUGCACAUCGAUUACGCCUUGGUGGGGAACAACUCCAGUGUCUACAUUACGGAGCUCUCGGAGUACGGCUCGCUAAUCAAUGUGUGCAACAAGAUCAAGAAACACACGAACAAGAACCUCGACGAGUACGUUGUGAUGCACAUGAGCUGCCAGCUGCUGGACAUUGUGGAUCAUCUGCACGCCAUUGGCAUCAUUCACGCGGACAUCAAGCCGGAUAACAUUCUGGUCAUGAGACCAUUGUGUGCGCAACCCAACGAGCUGAGCCUGCAGCUGAUUGACUUCGGUGUGGCCAUCGACACCAAGCUCUUUCCGCCCAAUCAGGCAUUCAAUUAUGUGCACCACGAUGAAUCGUUCAAGUGCAUCGAAAUGCGCACCCAGCGCCCCUGGACAUAUCAGCUGGAUUUGUUUGGUCUGGUGAGCGUCAUGCAUGUGCUGCUGUUUGGUCGCUACAUGGAGGUGGCCCAGCGUCAGCCGAGCGGCAUUUGGAUGCCCAAGACAGCCCUGCCACGCUACUUCCAGCGCGACACCUGGGAGACCAUUUUCCGGGGACUGCUCAACGUUCGCGACUGCCGCACCAUGCCCAAUUUGCAGCAGUUCCGAGCACUCCUCAAAUCCGAGCUGGUCGAAAGGAGAAAUACGUGGGCGAGGCCAUAGGCAAGUUCAAUAUGACACUGCAGCAAUAGGGAAUUGUUUUGCUUAAGCAAUGUACAAGACGCCCCAAUACUGUUGGCCUAUUCUAUUCAGUAUCCCCUCUUGUAUAUUCUCCCCGCCAGUACAGUCCCGUGCUCCAUUUAUGCCUAACUAUAAUUAUAAGCUUAUCUUACGUGGCUUGUGCCAUUAUUUAGGAAUCAGACCAUACGAGUAUAUAUGAAUUUAUAUUUAGAUUUUAUUCGCUGUUUAAUAUGCAUAAUAUUUUAAACUAUGAUUUUAUGAUCA